AUGAUCGAUGAGAUAGAGAGCAAGACGAAAGUUGUCCCAGUAUUAGGAUUAGUAUGGGAUUUAGAAAAAGAUAGUUUGAGUUGCAAGAUCGAAGAAACAUUUAACUUGAGGGAACCUAUUACCAAAAGAAAAGUUUUGUCAAUUACCCAGAAAAUUUUUGAUCCCAUUGGCUUUACUGCACCGAUAACUGUAAUUCCUAAGCUAAUUUUGCAAGAAACAUGGAACCAGAAGAUUAAGUGGGAUGAAGAUCUUCCUCUUCCCCUAAGUGAGCAGUUUGGGACUUGGUUGAACCAAUUGCCUCUGCUAUCUCAGAUUGAAAUUCCUCGUUGGUUAAAUAUUGAUUACGAAAACGAAGAUACCGUAGUGCUCCACGUUUUUUCGGAUGCUAGUAAAAGAGCCUAUGCCACAUGUGCAUUUUUAAGAGCUGAAACCAUCGAAGGUGUAAAGGUUCAGUUAGUAAGCGCGAGAAGUCGAAUAGCCCCUAUUAAGGAACUUACGAUUCCACGGCUUGAACUUCUUUCCUGUCUGAUAGGUGCCAGGCUUGCCAAAACAAUUCUAUCAGAUUUGAAACUUAAGAAUUGUAGAACAGUGUUCUGGAGUGAUUCUUCUACAGCUUUGGGGUGGAUAAGAAGGGAUCAAGCAUGGGGUACGUUUGUUCACAAUCGAGUACAAGAAAUAAGAUCGCUUACCAGAAUAUCUGACUGGAGGCAUGUACCUGGAAGUUUAAACCCAGCGGAUCUCCCAUCGAGAGGAUGUACUAUUGAGCAAUUACAGAAAUCGGCAUGGUGGGAGGGCCCAUCGUGGCUUUACUUACCAGAAGACGAGUGGCCCCAUGUAGAAGAAAAGCCUGAUGAAGAACUUAUAAACAAGAAAAAAGGAAAACGAUUCUGA